AUGCUUAAAGACUUGAUGUUCGCCGAAGACUUGGGAUGCUACAAUCCAGCUUUGAGAAGGUUUGGUAGGUUUGACAGGGAGAUAGAUACUGGGGUUCUAGAUGAAAUUGGUCGCCUUGAAGUUCUGCGUAUACAUACCAAGAAUAUGAAUUUUUCUGAUGAUGUUGAUUUGGAAAGAAUCUCAGAAGAUACUCAUGGAUAUGUUGGAGCUGACUUUGUUGUUCUUUGCACUGAAGCUGCACUGCAAUGUAUUACAGAGAAGAUGUACAUGAUUGACUUGGAAGAUGAAACUAUUGAUACUGAGAUACUAUAUUCCACAAAACUAUUGAUGGUCGCCGGUGGGCGAGAGAGGGUAUCGGCAGGGAGAUGA